AUGUCGACUGAAUCAUUUCUUCCAGCUGGCGCAAUCACACUUCGUGAUAAUGAGGCGAGUGACCUCGAUGACCGCAACAGUGCUUGUUGGGCCAAAAGUGUUGAGAUCGUCAACCACACCGUAGUUAACGGCAGUGCGACAAAUAUCGGGGCUUUUGUGGUGUGGAAUAUACGUGUCGAAACUCUCAAUGGAAGUUUCAUGAAUAUUCGGAAACGUUAUUCGGAGUUUGAUGAGUUUCGAUAUCGGCUGGUGCAGACCUUCCCCGGCUUCGAGGCAGCUGUUCCGGCUCUUCCGCCUAAAAUUGGUCUUUUGUGCUGGUACCAAGUCGGAGUUGUCACUACGCGGCUUCUGUUGAUUGGGAGGCCAAGACAGUACCAAGAUUUGGCAUCGAUGGGGAAGAGAGUCAAGACUCUAUCAACUCCAUACCAGUUGUCUGCCAAGUCGGUAGCAGCUGCGCUCAGCGGCAUGUCAUUGCUGGGCGUUUGA